GUGUGUGUGUGAGAGAGGGAGCAGCUGAGGAGGAGAGAGAGGGAGCUAACGAGCUAACAGGCUAGCAGGCUAACAGGAUACCUGUCUGCAGCAGCUGCCCCAGCAGAGUCUGCAAAGAUGCCGAGCAGCGAAAACUCAUUGCCGUAAAAGUGGGGACAUGUCCGGCAGCUGAUCACGGAGCAGCCAGAUCCAUGUCCAGGAUUUGGUCGUGAACACCUUGGGACACAAUGUCUCUCCUGCUGUUUUCCUUCCUUCUCAUCCUGCUACUUGGGAUUGUGUUGUUAUGUCUCAUUUUCAGGUGGCUCAUAUGCACGCUGGCUGUGCGCUUCUUCCACACUGCACUGAACGCUGAUCUAAAGAUCAAAUCAGUGGGCUUGUUUUCUGUCCAAGGAGUUAGUAUCCAGUUUCACCCACAGCAUACUCUGGAAAUUGACAGAAUAUGGAUUUCAAGUAAACUUCUGAACCAGGAUCUGCCGAGAUACUUGGCGUUAUGUGUGGGUGAAACCAGAGUCAGGUUUGACCUGCAGGCACCACUGAGCCCUCUGGUGAAGAAGAGCCAUGAGAAAAAGCCGUGGAAGAUUUCAAUCAGCCCCACCAAGUUACGCUUUCUAUCACAAAUGCUGUCCUUUCACAUCAGUUCCAUCAACGUAAUGGUGGUGAACCUGGCUCUGUCGGAGUCUCUAUGGCACAUGACUAUCGCAGGCAUCACCCUGUUACUCGACCACCAGGGCAAAAGGUUAGCGUGGGACUUCUCUGUGGGGCAGCUGAGCAGUAAAGUUCUCAAAAACAGCCAGAUGGACAUCUGUUUGGCUGAAGUGGCCCUGAGUCUGCUGCUGUCUGGAGACGUGAGUCUGCCUGACAUGCAACCAGGUUCUCUGUCCCUGAGUGUGAGGACGCUGAUCGCAGAGCUGCACGAAGGCCUCUUCCUCAGCAACGUGCUGCUUCCUGCUUCUCCAUCAAAGACUGAUCACGAAGCAAGUGACAAUGAAAGAACUGAGUUCAUCCAGACUGAGGCUGUGGAACGCUUUCAUCAGCUCAUUCCCCACAACAUCAGUGUGGAAUUUGAUAACACUAAUGUAAUCCUGUCCAUGCACAGCCAGAAAAGACACCUGAACUGGACUCUGAAGUCUCUGAGGGUCUCUUAUGGACGUGGCGACGAGCAGCUUCAUCUGAAGAACUUCACUCCUCAGCUGAGUUUUCCUCAGAGCAGCCUGGAGCUACGUUUAGAGGAUGGACUUCUUCUGUCUCAGAGUAGACAAAGAAUCCUGUGUGUGAACAGUCUGAAGACGUCACUGCAGGUGACAUCGAUUGACAUUGCAGGGUCAUUCACAGUCAGCACUUGCAUCAUCCACUACCGCCACCAGGAGUUCUCUCAUUGGCUGAAUCUAUUUCCAUGGGAACAGCUCAUCCACAGGAAGGCAGCACAUAAAAAGAGUCCAUUAGAUUAUUUGCCCACCCUCCUCUUCCUCAGGCGCCUCCCUCACCUGGACGCUCCUGUCAUGAUCACGUCCUCUGUGUCCAACGUCAACGUGUCCGUCCAGCUGGGAGACACGACGCCGUUCGCUCUGGGCUUCCUGUCUGCCAGUGCAGAACUGCAGCAUCUCCCCGACAUCAAGGAUGAAGCAGAGAGUCCAGAGUCCCAGAACGUCCACCAGCGUGCGUCGCUGUGCCUGGACAACUUCUGGUGGAGAGUCGGUCAAGGCUCUCACAUCCAACAAGCUCCACACCCUCCUGGAAAACAUGUGUGGGGAGAAGCUCUCAUCUUAGACACUCUCACUCUUCAGGGUAGUUUCAACCGACCUCGCCUGGAGUUCAGUGGCCACCCUCCCAGUCUGAGUGUGGAGUCGCGUCUGAAGGGGCUUCAGGUGGAGCUUUCAGAGACAUGUUCUCUGUGUCUGUCUCGUCUGCUGUCCCUCCUCUGUGUCCCUGGACCGACUGAACCACAGCAGUCACACGUAGCAGCAGUGACUCCCACUGCUGAUGACAGCGCACAGAACAUCCCGUCGUCACAGCCUCACCUGCUGUUUAAAGUGGACUGUUGUCUGGAGGAGGUUAACGUGUUCACACUCUCUAAUCUGGCAGGCGCUGUGUCUUUGAGGAUGGACACUGUGGGAGUGAUGAGCUCUGCAGAGAGCUCCUCUGUGUCUCUGCAGGGUUUGAGUUUGUCUGUGGUCAAAGUUCUCGCAGACAACAUGGAAACAUGCUGCCCUGCCUCGCAAACACCCAACCCUGUGCUCAAACUCACCAACAUAGCCUUCUCUUACCACCUCACCACUCACACCUUACAGGUUCAAAGUGAAGACAAGCUGAUCGUCGAAUGGACGCCUCCAGACCACAUGGUGCUGUAUCAGCACAUGAGUGAAGCUCAGGCGUGUUGGCAGAUGCUCCGUGGAGACGGAGGAGCGGACAGUCCAGUCGGAGCCGUGCAGAGUGAAGGUGUGACGGGUCAGAGUCGCGUUCUGUGUGUGCGCGUCGAACUGGGCUCCACUCGCCUGACCGCCCACGUCAGCGAGCAGAACUUUAUUCUCCUGCACACGGAAGGCCUCUCCGUCUCCAAGCAUGCUGGUUCCAUGCACAUACGCUCCCCGUCGCUGGUCUUCAACUUUGACGGCAACGACAUCGUCACCUUUAAGAGUCUGGAUGUGGAGGCUCACGCUGAUCUGGCUGAGAUGCAGCUGCACAGAGACGCUUUCCCUUUCCUCACCGCUCCUCACAACCACGUCUGGAUUCUCACCUGUCCCUCCAUGUCUGUCGAGUUCCCCUACCAGUACAACUUCUCCAACACCUUUGACAAGGCCAUCAGUGUGCAGAAGUGGCUGAAGACACUCCAUCGCUCUCCGAGCCACACACCCACAGUCCAGCGCCUCCCUCCAGACGUGGUCUUCAAAAUCAGCCAGUUCUCCUUCGUCUUCCUGGACGACGUCUUUGAGAUCAAGCUGCGCGACAACUACGAGCUGAUGAAGGACGAGAACAAGGAGAGCGCCAAGCGUCUGCUGCUUCUGGACAAGAAGGUGGCAGACCUGCGCAAGCAGCACGGGGAACUCCUGCCCGCCAGGAAGAUCGAGGAGCUGUACAGUUCACUGGAGAAGAAGCACAUCGAGAUCUACAUCCAGCGCUCGCGCCGCCUCUACGCCAACACGCCCAUGAGGAAGUCUCUGCUCACCUGGACGGUGUCGGACCUGGAGCUCGUCGCUCUGGCCGAUGAGUCUCUGCAUGGACCUGACAGGGUGAGAGAGCAACUGAGGGACAUUGACGAGAUCAGUCCCUUCCCCAGAGAAGGACUCCCCCUGGUGGUCCAGUGGUGCCGUGCAGUCAAGUUUAAACUGGCUGCAUUUUUGGUGAGAAUUCGAGACUACCCUCGCUACCUGUUUGAGAUCCGGGACUGGGAGCUGUCCGGGCGUCUGAUCGGGACAGAGCAGGACGGACAGACGAGAGCUCUGCGGAAGGAGAUCGUCCCACUCGGUCCACCGUGGGGAGACGUGACAGUCCUCAGGAAUAUACCACCACUCAAGUUCUACUAUGAUUUCAAAUCUAACAUCUCUCUCUACACCAUCGUGUGGGGGCCAUGUUGGGACCCCGCCUGGACUCUGAUCGGUCAGUCCGUCGACCUCCUGACCAAACCCACCGCUGAUCCCUCUCCACUUCUAGCUUGGUGGGACAAGAGUCGUCUUCUGCUGCACGGACACUGGGAGAUGGACAUCGAUCAGGCCAACCUUCAUCAACUAGCCACAGAGGACCCUUACAACACAACAGAGAACCUGCACUGGGAGUGGAGUAAGCUGAACUUUAACUGGAACCCUGGACACUUUGUUUUUAAAGGAGACCUGGACGUUAACGUCAGGACAGCAUCAAAAUAUGAUGAUAUCUGUUUCCUGCGUCUGCCCAACCUGUGCAUGACCCUUGACCUCCAGUGGCUUUGCCAUGGCAACCCCCAUGACCACCACGCAGUCAUGGUCUGCUCUGCAGACAACGUCGCAGACGUGACUUCAGGACAAGCUCACGACUCCUACAGAGCCUUUCGCUCGGAGAACCUGAACCUCUCCAUCACCAUGGACCUGAACCAGCACCCUGGCAUAGAACCGUGUCAGCCCAGAAUCCUGCUGUACAGCAGCACUCUGCGCUGGAUGCAGAACUUCUGGGCCACGUGGACGAGCGUGUCGCGUCCGAUCUGCAGAGGAAAGCUCUUCCACAGCCUGAAGCCGGUGCGAAGGAAGCUGAGUCAGCACUACAAACAGAUGUCGUACACGGCCGCUUUCCCUCAACUACAGGUGCAUUAUUGGGCCUCCUUUGCUCAGCAGAGAGGGAUCCAGGUGGAAUGCAACAAAGGCAAUGUGUUCACUCGAGGGGCCCAGAGACUUAUUCCUCAAGCUGGCACUGUGAUGAGGAGGUUGAUCUCUGAAUGGAAUGUGACUCAGAUGAUCAGCGAGCUCUCACGGGUGACCGUCCACCUCAUGGCCUCCACCUGGGAUGAGACGGCCGACCACCAGAUCAACGCUCAGGUGAAGAAGACUCACCUGCUCAGCCUGUCGUCUCUGAGCUACCAGCGUCAGAGCAACCGCACGGAGGAGGAGGUGAAUCUGAAGGACGAGUGUAACGCCUCGUACACUCACAAACUGCGGCUGGUGGACCUGCGGGCUUCGUGGACGACCACCAACAGGAACAUAGCCUUUGGGCUGUACGACGGUUACAAAAAGGCCUCGGUGCUGAAGAGAAAUCUGUCCACUGAAGCUCUGAAGGGUCUGAAGAUCGACACGCAGCUGCAGACCAAGAAGAUCAAACGCUCUCCCUCCAACUACUCUCCCACCACGGCUCCCACCACACCUGUGACGCCCACCGUUAAUCGAGCAGAAAAGAGUCACAGUGAAGGAACAUCGAUGCUCCAGAAACUCAUCGAGGAAACAGACAAGUUUGUGGUGUUUUCAGAGGAAGACUAUGGUGUCAGUGAUCAGCUGUGUGGCAUCGCAGCCUGUCAGACUGACGACGUCUACAACCGCAACUGGUUUAUCGAGUUAGUCAACUGUCAGAUGAUGCUGCGCGGCACAGAGACGGCAGGCUGUGUGUUGGUGUCCGCAGCGAAGGCUCAGCUGCUGCAGUGUGAGCACCACCCCGCCUGGUACAACGACACCCUGAAGCAGAAGACCACCUGGACCUGUCUGCUGGACGGCAUGCAGUACUUUGCCACCAUGGAGCCCAACCCGUCUGAGCAGGAGGACAGACAGCUGUGGCUGGAGGUGAAAAACAUCGAGGAACACCGUCAGCGUAACCUGGACUCAGUGCUGGAGCUGAUGGAGAGCGGCCAGGCUGUGGGAGGGAUGGUUAGCACCACCACAGACUGGAACCAGCCAGCUCAAGUGAACGAGACUCAGCAGGUCCAGCGAAUCAUCUCCCGCUGUAGCUGCAAGAUGCACUACAUCAGUUACAGUCACGACAUUAACCCGGAGCUGGCCACACAGAUCAAACCACCAGAGCUGAGGAAUAACCACGAGAAAGAAGACCUGCUGAAGAAGCAGGCUGGGGCUGUGGACACUUUCACCCUCAUUCACUAUGACCUGGAGAUUUCCACAAACCCUGUUCAGUACGAGAUGAUCCUGGACAUCGUCAACAACCUGCUGUUACACGUGGAGCCCAGACGCAAAGAGCACAGUGAGAAAAAACAGCGAGUGCGUUUCCAGCUGGAGAUUUCCAGUAACCCAGAGGAGCAGCGCAGCAGCAUUCUGCAUCUGCAGGAGGCGGUGAGGCAGCACCUCGCUCAGAUUAGACGCCUCGAGAAGCAGAUUUACUCCAACAUCAGGGCACAGCCUGAGGAACUGAGCGGUGAUGAACUGGUGGAGAUCAACACACAACUACAGAACCAGCUGAACCAGGAGAAGAAUGACAUGCAGAUGAAGAGUGAAGAGCUCAACAUCCUCAUCAGGUGUUUCAAAGACUUCCAGCUGCAGCGAGCAAACAAGCUGGAGCUGCGUAAACCCCCGGAGGACGUGAGUGUGGCGAGGAGGACAGAGAUCUACUUUGCUCAGGCUCGCUGGUGUUUGACUGAAGAGGAUGGACAGCUGGGCAUCGCUGAGCUGGAGCUGCAGAGGUUCAUGUACAGCAAACUGAACAAGUCUGACGACACGGCCGAGCAUCUUUUAGAGCUCGGCUGGUUCUCCAUGAACAACCUGCUGCCCAACGCUGCCUACAAGGUCGUUCUCCGUCCUCAGAGAAUAUGUCAGUCUGGACGUCAGUUUGCUCUGAGAAUCUUCAGUAAAGUGCGCCCCCCAGUGGGUGGAAUCUCUGUGAAGGAACACUUUGAGGUGAACGUGGUUCCUCUCACCAUCCAGCUCAUGUAUCAGUUCUUCAAAAGGAUGAUGGGAUUUUUCUUCCCUGGAAGAAACGUUGAGGAGGAGGAGGUCACUGAUGAAGAGGACAAGUUCAGAUUAGUCACCACUGGUAUUCCUGUCAAGCCUCGGCAGUCGUCAGAGGACACCAUCGGCGCCAUGGGCCCCAGCAAAGGUGUCACCCAGGGACUGAACCGCACCGCCGGGGUCAGGAGGUCGUUCAGGAAACCUCCGGAGCAUCCUGUUGAUGACAUUGAUAAGAUGAAGGAAAGAGCAGCGAUGAACAACUCCUUCAUCUACAUCAAGAUCCCUCAGGUGCCGCUGUGCGUCAGCUAUAAGGGAGAAAAGAGCAGUGUGGACUGGAAAGACCUGAACCUGGUGCUGCCGUGUCUGGAGUAUCAUAACAACACGUGGACUUGGCUGGACUUUGCCAUGGCGGUGAAAAGAGACAGCAGGAAAGCACUGGUAGCACAGAUGAUUAAAGAGAAGCUGCGUCUGAAGCCGGCCGCAGGCUCCGACGUCCGGGGCAAAGUGUCCGAGGGGAAGUCGGACAACGGUCUGCAGCAGCAGGAGGAAGACGAGAAAGCUCGACUCCUCAUCGGCCUGAGCAGCUCAGACAAGAGCUCCAGCAAGAAAAGUAUCUUCAGUCGACGCAAGUGAAACCACAAAACUCUCACUGCACACUUCACAAACUGGACCCUUACUGAAGUUUCACCUUAAAACAACAAACCUUUACCAAAGGGAACUUUAAAGGAUCUCAUGACGUGAAAGUUUCACGUUAAAACAAGAUGUUUUUCACCUUAUAAUGAGAUAUUAACACAUUAAUGACAUACACAGUCGUCAUGUUAUAACAAACAAAAUCAUCUCAUAAAUCUCAUAGUUUUUGUAUUUCUACAUUAUUAUUAUUAUGAUUAUUACGAACCUUUAUUAAAGGAAACUGUAAAUGAUCAAAACAUGAAAGGUUUCAUAUAAAAACGAAAUGUUUUUCACCCUUUAACGAGAUAUUGACACAUUCAUUUGACAAACAGACUUCUGGUAAUGUAAAUCAUUUUUUCGACUCUAUAACGAAAUGUUUUUCACGUUUCGUGAGCAACUACAAAUUAUCUCAUAACAUUAAAAAUGUUCAUGUUAUGUGAUAAAUGUCAUAAUAACGUGAAAUAUUUCACGUUAUAACAGGUCUUGAUAUACAAAUGUAUCACAAUCGAAAAAGAAACAAAAUUAUUGUAAAAUAAGGUGAAAUAUUUCCCAUUAUAAUGAGCUCAGUUGUUUUAGAGGAAAUCUUACUGCUGAGAUUCUGAUUAAAUAUAAGUAAGAUAAAAACUAAUAAUUAAAACUGUCUAAAUAUUGUUAUUGUUUGUUUACCUGGCUUGAAAAAAACACACGUCUUUACUGUAAUACACCACAUAGACGUGUAAUCAUGGUGAUGCAGAUCAUGUGACCGUGCUUUUGUGAAGUCCAGCUGUUGAGACCACAGUCUUUUUUAAAUAGAAUCUCAGCAGUGAUAACAAACAGUUUCUGUUUAAAUUGUUCACAAAUAUCUUGUUAUAAGGUAAAAAAAAAACAAAAAAACCAUCUUUUUAUUACAUGAAAUUUUUCAUGUAAUUAAAGUGAUACUGAGUUAUUUUUCUUUUUUCACUAAAUACUGUUCUACGCAAGAGGAUUAGAGCCACAUGUGAAAAUCUGCAUGAAUUCUGAGAUUAAAGUCAGAAUUCUGACUUUAAUAUCAGAAUUCCGAUUUUCUGACUUUAAUGGUAAAUUUCUGACUUUGUGACUGUAAUCUCAGAAUUCUAUUUACUUUCUCACUUUAAUCUCAGAAUUCUGACUUUAAUCUCAGGAUUACAAUUUUGUGACCUUAAUCUCGGAAUUCUGACUUUUUCACUUUAAUCUCAGAACACCAAUUUUCUGACUUUAAUUUCAGGAUUCCGACUUUAAUCUCAGAAGUCCAAAUUUCUGACUUUAAUCUCAGAAUUCUGAUUUAAAUCUCAAAUUUCUGACUGAUUUUAAUCUCAGAAUUCUACUUACUUUGACUUUAAUCUCAGAAUUCAUGCUGUUUAUUUAUUUUUUUUCCACAUGUGGCCCUAAUCCUUUUCCGUACUUUCCCGUACAGAAAAUCACUGAACUGAAAGUGAAAAGAGAGAAAAUGAAGAUUAUAAAUCGUUGAACCUGCUGAAUUUAAACAAACAUCACGGAGGUUUUUUAUUUUUAUUUUUGUCUCCUGGUGUUUGAGUUUUUGUUUUUUUUUAUAGCACCAGAAUCACCGUGGUGCCAUUUUGACCAAAUCCACCAUUAUUUUUAUCUUCUCUUAUUAUUUGUGUGCCAUUAAAAAUCAUUUCAAACUCAGGCUGCUCUGAAUGAAGAAGAUUAGGAUUAACAGGAAGUAACCUGCUUCUGUCAGAGUGAAGCAAAUUGAGGGCAACUGUUUCCUGCUGGACCAGGAACAACAACAACAAUAACGACUGCCGCCACAGUAGAAACACACAAAUUGCACCUUUAACCUUAUCAGCUGUAAAAAAAAAAAUACAUAAAUAAGUAAAAUAAGACGAGAUUUUGAAAUUCUAUUAAUGAAUAUAUACUUGUAUGUUUUAUCCAGUGAAGCUUUGGUUUGAGGCUGUAUGACUGUCUCAGACAGGAAGGCCUUUAUUUUGAAAGGACGCGUCAUAUUUGUCUGUCUGCGUCUUUUGAACACUUGUGUCAGUGCAAUAAAUGAUAAUAAAUGAUAAUAAACCAUUAAUAGACAGUUAAUAUCGAUAAACAGCAGCAGAAAAACUGUGUGAAAACAAACGAGUGUCGCCGCUUCAUCGUAGAUCCUGUGUGUGUGUGUGUGUGUUUUGUAAUUUUAACACUGAAGCACUUUUUAUGCAAAGUAUUUUGAUAUUUUUGUAAACGCGGUUGUUGUUGGUGUUUUUUUUCGUUGGAUUUCUGCUACGACUGCGUUGCUAACGUGUCUUAUUUCACUCACGGGUUUAAAAACAUUUCACUGUGUGUGUGUGUGUGUGUGUGUGUGUGUGGCUCUGUUCUAUCUGUCAAUAAAAGUCUUUAAGUCUCUCACA